UUGGAGCGGGCGCGGGGGCGCGCGCCGGCCUGACGGACGGACGGACGCACAGACCGACGGACCGAGCAGCUGAGGCCAGCGCGCAUCUCCGACCCGCCCGGACGCAGCGCUCGCCCGGCGGCGGCGGCGGCGGCGGCGAUCACCGGCUCGGGUCCGGCGGCCGCAGCGCCCGCCCUCGCCCGCGCCCCAUGGGGUCACAGAGCCUGUAGAGACGCAGCUCCCGGCUUCCCGAUGAACAACCGGAAGGAAGACAUGGAAAUCGCGUCCCACUACCGGCACCUGCUGCGCGAGCUGGACCAGCAGCGGCAGCACGGCGUGCUCUGUGACGUGUGCGUGGUGGUCGAGGGCAAGGUCUUCAAGGCCCACAAGAACGUGCUGCUGGGCAGCAGCCGGUACUUCAAGACGCUGUACUGCCAGGUGCAGAAGACCUCCGAGCCGGCCACGGUCACGCACCUGGACAUCGUCACGGCCCAGGGCUUCAAGGCCAUCAUCGACUUCAUGUACUCCGCCCACCUGGCGCUCACCAGCCGGAACGUCAUCGAGGUGAUGUCCGCGGCCAGCUUCCUGCAGAUGACGGACAUCGUGCGGGCGUGUCACGACUUCAUCAAGGCCGCCCUGGACAUCAGCAUCAAGCCAGACACCUCGGACGAGCUCUCGGAGUUCGAGACGGGCGCCCCGCCCAGUAGCAGCGCGGACGCGCUCAUCUCCGCCGUCAUGGCCGGACGGAGCAUCUCCCCGUGGCUGGCGCGGCGCGCGAGCCCCACCAAUUCCUCUGGGGACUCGGCCAUCGCCAGCUGCCACGAGGGAGGCAGCAGCUACGGCAAGGAGGACCAGGAGCCCAAGGCCGACGGCUCCGACGACCUGGCCGCGCAGGCGCUGUGGCCGGGCGACCUGGACUACGGGCCGCUGCGCAUCAAGGAGGAGCAGGUCUCACCGCCUCAUUACGGGGGCAGCGAGCCACCCUCCGCCCGGGACGGGGCGCCCCAGAACUCUUUCCCCGAGCAGGCCGGAGCGGACGGCUGGCAGCCCACCGGCCGGAGGAAGAACCGGAAAAACAAGGAGACCGUCCGGCACAUCACGCAGCAGGUGGAGGAUGAGAGCCGGGCCGGCUCCCCGGUGCCGUCCUUCCUGCCGACGUCCGGGUGGCCGUUCAGCAUCCGAGACUCAAACUCGGACUUGACCGUCACCGAGGCCGGCAGCUCCGACAGCCGAGGGGAGAGGGCCGACCUGUACGGCCCUGGGGACGAGGGCCUCCUGGGGGCCGAGGCCGGCUACCUGGGCCCGCCCCUCACCCCGGAGAAGGAGCAGACUCUGCAGCAGGCCACCGCCGUGGCCAACCUGCGGGCGGCGCUCAUGAGCAAGAACAGCCUGCUGUCGCUCAAGGCGGACAUGCUGGGGGACGACAGCUCCCUGCUGCUGGAGUACCUGCCCAAAGGCGCCCACUCCCUGUCCCUCAACGAGUUCACGGUCAUCAGGAAGAAGUUCAAGUGCCCGUACUGCAGCUUCUCAGCCAUGCACCAGUGCAUCCUCAAGCGCCACAUGCGCUCCCACACGGGCGAGCGGCCCUACCCCUGCGAGAUCUGCGGGAAGAAGUUCACCAGGCGCGAGCACAUGAAGCGCCACACACUGGUGCACAGCAAGGACAAGAAGUACGUUUGCAAGCUCUGCAGCCGCGUGUUCAUGUCGGCCGCCAGCGUGGGCAUCAAGCACGGCUCGCGGCGCCACGGCGUGUGUGCCGACUGCGCAGGCCGUGGCGUGGCCGGCCCCCUGGACGGCGGAGGGGCCGAGGGCUCCCCUGAGCUCUUCACAGGUGACGGGCCCUACCUGGAGGACCCCGACGACCCUCGAGGGGAGGGAGAGGAGGAGCUGGCGGAGGACGAGGACGAUGUGGGCCUGGCCCAGGAGGACGCGCUGCUGGGGGACGACAAGGAUGAGGAGGGCUCGCCGCAGGGGCCCCCCAGCCCCCCGGGGGGCCCCGACAAGGACUUCGCCUGGAUCUCCUAGGCGCCUGGGCUGGGCGCGGUGGGUGAAGGCAGUGCCGCCCCCGCACCUGUGUGCGAGCGCGCUCAGGGGUCUCCCUCGCCCGGGUGGGGCCGUCUGACCCCGUGCACCCCCUCCUUCGGGCCCCCCUCCAUUCUGCUCCCACCCCCCAGCCAUACACCAAGAAUCCGGCCCUGGGGUCUCAGAAGCGGGUGCAGCCCCUCCGCGGGGGCUCUGGGACCACGAAGUUGGUGGGUGCCCCGUUGGAGGAAAGUCCCAACAGGUGCGUUUGGGGGAACAUGGUGCCGGAGCCAGGGCGUGGUCGGCCCGCUCGCCGGGCGGGGCCCGGAGGUCGCAGGUCUGGGAGCUGAGGAUCUCUGUACUCCCUGCGGGGCCUCGGCCCCCUCCUCUCUGCAGCCCCUCCCCGGCAGCCCCGGUGGGUCGUCACUGCCUGUCGCCCGUUGCCUUCGAGGCUCCGCGCCCCUGGGGCCCCUGCAGAACCUGGUCCGGUGUACAGAGAACCCCGAGGCCCUGCCGCCUCUGGGCUUUGGUGCUCAACCUGAAACAGCUGUGGGAGCCCCUCCAGGGCCAGGGGCUCCCAGGUGCUAACUUCUAGUGGCCGCUGCAGCGGCUGGGCGCCCCGUGGGGCCUCCACCCUUUGUUCUGUGUGCACUUCCUCCGGGAGCCCCGGUCGGCCCCGCCCCGUGGCUCCGCCCACCUCCCCGCCCACCUGUGGCACCAGGCCACGCCUGCCGCCGCCCGGCCCCGAGGGCCUGCCCGCGUUGCUGCUAACUCUGGAGGCGGAGUUCUCGCCUCCCCUCCCGGAUGGGUAACCAAACUCUUUAAGUCGAGAUGAGUUGAGAUCACACGCAGUUCCCUGGGUCGGCGUUCUCUCUCUCACCAGACAAACCACGCAGAGCCGCCCCUCCCUUUGCUUGUAGCCGGGUCCUCCCGCUGCAUUUUCAAACGCGCCCACGACCUUGCCGCCUUUUCUGCGUGAAAAGCAGGUGCCGCCUGCAGGACAGGCCUCGCCUGUCCGCUUCCUUGUCCAGGCCGCCCGACAACGAGACACCACACCUCUUACUCACUGAGCUGGACGCGGCCCACCGCCCUCUGCCCUCCCCCCUAGAGGACUUGAGGGGGCCACGGAGCGCCCGUGUCUUUUUCUCCACAGACUCAGAGGCUGUCCCCAUGUUUUGUUUUGUUUUUUUUAUUGGGUCACAUCUGGCCAGGUGGAACACCCCGCAAACCCCCGUGGGGAGUGGAGGGUGGGGGUGGGGACCCCGGCUGGCCUGAGCAGGCGGAUGGGACCUGGUGCUGUCUUUGAAGUCCUGCCCUGGGGACGAGCCUCUGCUUUCGCUUUUACUUAUUUUUCAAAUAAAAUUAGCCGCCGUUCCUAUUGGUUAGAAGAGGGCACUCCUGAAGGAGCCGUGGGCUGGUCGCCUGCGCCCAUCACCUCCCCCAGCUGUGGGCGCUGCCGGUUCCUCCACGCUGGCGUCCUUACCCGACAAGGCCCGGGUGGCCCCAAACCCGCCGAGCCCUCCACGCUGCCCGCUCUCCCUUGGGAGGGUGGGCCAGGCUGUUUUGGGGCUCUGGGCAUACCUCCCCCCGUCACCCAGGAGGCCUGGCCAAGCCCCAACGAGGGCCCUCAGAACUUGUACCUCCCCCACUUUCUGAACAGACCUACUUUCUUAUAAAACAUGUUUGGAAAUUAGACCUUUGCUGCCAACGGGUGGCUCUGGGUUUGGUACUGGCCCUGCGUCUCAGGCCCCCUGCCCACACCUGGGCCACCUGCCUCCACACUCAGGACGUCCUGCUCCUUCUGACCUGCUCGCCGCCCCUGCAGGACUUCGGGGCUUCGCUGUCCGUGCCGCAGGGCCGUUUGUUCCCUUGAAACCAACACUGUACUGGAAACCGGGGCCUGCUUCCCACCCCGCUGAGCUCCCGAGCACUAGCCGCCCCCGGGGGGUCCCUUGCUGUUUGCAGGUUGGAGACGCGCCUGUCCUCUCAGGAGGUGUGAAGGGGGAAGACGUGCGUCUCGAAGAGAUUUUUUUAUGUGACUGACCCUUUUCGUUUUUUCCAAAUCAAUGUUUAAACUAAUAAAUAUUUUUUUUAUGAAGAAGAACAGCCGUGUAGAUUACAUUUCACGUUUUGUGCUUUUCCGUUUGUGUCUGUCUGUGGUCUGGUGUUGGCCCCACCAACGCGGAGGACACGGCGGCCUGGGAGGAGAGUCUGGCAGGGGCGGGGCGGGGAGCUCAGGACUUUGGAUGAAGCGCCAGACCCUGACCGGGCCUGUCCGGACGCCGGGUGUGGGGACAGUGACGACUGCGCCAGCACUCAGGAGGGACUCACCUCGAGACACAGCUGCUGCUCCCAACUUUGCACAUCUUUAUUAGAAAAACCAGAGAAAAUGCAAAAACUGGAACUUUUUGCAAUAUGCUGAAAGACCACCUUAUUUUCGCUCAUUCUGUGACACGUGCAGCUCUUUAAAAGCCAUACUUAAUGGUUGUGUUUUGUUCUUUUCUACGUUUUUGCUCCUGUGCGGUGUUUUGUAACUGCUGGUAGGGAGGGUGCCGUGUGUGCUUUUCUGAAAUAUUUAUUUUUUUCAACCUGUCAACAGAAACGAAACACAAAAAACGGGCAGUGUUUUGAGGUUUGCUGACGUUUUCCUGGGAAUCAUCUCUGUCGUGCUGACUUUAUAGGGACUGUUGUUGUAAACCUGUGUAUGGGGGCGCGUCCAGCGUGCGCGCGGUGGGUCAGAGCUUGGUGGUCCUCCCACUUCCCUGCAGCCGUGGACAGGGAAGCGGAGCCGCCUCUGGUGGCCUCGAGACGUGUUCUCGAGCUGGGCUCUGGGCUCCGGCCGGCCUGUGGGGCUCCUUUCUGUGACGGGGUAGCUUAGACCUUCUUGCAAAGCGACCACUUUCAAUAAACUGGGAAGUUGCUGCUCGA